UCUUCCUUUUACAUACUUAAAGUAGAUGACAUGAGUAAGAUUAACCAGACAUUUAUGACAGAAUUUAUUCUCCUGGGUCUUUCAGGAUACCCAAAGAUCGAAGUCAUUUACUUUGCUCUGAUUCUAGUUAUGUACUCAGUGAUUCUUAUGGGAAAUGGUGUUCUGAUAAUAGCAAGCAUCUUUGAUUCUCGUCUUCACACUCCCAUGUACUUCUUCCUGGGUAACCUCUCCUUCCUGGACAUCUGCUAUACAUCUUCCUCUGUUCCCUCAACACUGGUGAGCUUAAUCUCAAAGAAAAGAAAUAUUUCCUUCUCUGGAUGUGCGAUACAGAUGUUCUUUGGAUUUGCAAUGGGUUCAACAGAAUGUUUGCUUCUUGGCAUGAUGGCUUUUGACCGCUAUGUGGCCAUCUGUAACCCUUUGAGAUACUCCAUCAUCAUGAGCAAGAUGGUGUAUGUACUGAUGGCUUCUGCAUCCUGGCUCUCCGGUGGAAUCAACUCAAUUGUGCAAACAUCUCUAGCCAUGCAAUUGCCUUUCUGUGGGAAUAAUAUUAUAAAUCAUUUCACAUGUGAAAUAUUAGCUGUCCUGAAGUUAGCUUGUGCUGACAUAUCCCUCAAUAUUAUUACCAUGGUGAUAUCAAAUAUGGUCUUCCUGGUUCUUCCACUACUGGUUAUUUUUUUCUCUUAUGUGUCCAUUCUCUAUACCAUCUUGAGAAUGAACUCAGCCGCAGGGAGACACAAGGCUUUUUCUACUUGCUCAGCUCAUCUGACUGUGGUGAUCAUAUUUUAUGGUACCAUCUUCUUUAUGUAUGCGAAACCCAAGUCUCAAGACCUAACAGAAGACAAGAUGCAAACUUCAGACAAGCUCAUUUCUCUGUUUUAUGGGGUAGUCACUCCCAUGCUGAAUCCUAUCAUCUAUAGUUUGAGGAAUAAGGACGUAAAAGCUGCUGUAAAAUACCUGAUGAAUAGAAAACUUAAUUAA